GAAGAAGGAGAAGAACAAUGGUGAUGGAUGGCUGCUUGCUGUCAGAACAGGAGACCCCCUGAUUGAACUGCAUUAUCUCACUCACUGAGAAGAAGAAGCAAUUCAGAAUUCUGAACAGAGUAUAUAUUUACAGAAAAAAGAGGAGACAAUUGCAUGAGGUGAAGGAGAAUGGCGCUGUUCGAUCGGAACCAGAGGCAGCGGUCGUCGCUCUGCUCGACGGCGACCGUCGUCGUGUUCGUCUCGCUCUGCCUCGUCGGCCUGUGGAUGAUCUCGUCGCCGGAGACCAUCCCGGCGGCCAACAAGAAGGCGGACGCCCUUGUCAAGGAGGAGGACAGCUCCAUCGACGCCACCAACAACGUCAAGCAGAACAGCGCCAACGUCGUCGCCGAGACCACCGCCGCCGCCGAGGCCGCCACCGACGAGGCCGACAGCUCGCUGAAGCCGGCCGGCGACACCAAGGGCGACGGCGAGAAGGCGACGACGUCCAAGGACCAGACGUUCGAUGACGAGAACGGCAGGACGGAGGGCGGGGCGCUCGUCAAGCCGGAGAACGGCGGCGACGAGGCGGCCACCGACGUGAAGGAGAUCGGCGGCCUGGAGCAGGCGACGAUCGACAUGAACGACACCGGCGAGCAGACGAUGACUGACACCAAGGAGGGCGUCGUCCAGGACAAGAGCCCCGAGGAGAUGGCGGCGGCGGGCGACGCGAAGGAGAGUGGCGACGGCGGAGACGGUGGCGCGACCAAGAACAAGCAAACCUUCGACGACGAGAACGGCAAGCUCGACGGCGUCAACCUGGUGAAGGACGUCGAGAACAAGACGCUGUCGGAAGAGAACUCGAAGCCAUUGCCGGAGGAGACGACGACAGUGAGCAGCAAGAACGCGAUCGUGGCGGCGGUGGUUCCACUUGAGACCACCACGACCGCCAUCUCCGACGAGAAGCUGCCUGACAAUGGCGAGCAAGGGCAAGACGAGCAGAGGCAGCAGCAGCAGCAGCCGGUGGAGGCGCUGCCGAACGGGCAGGCUGACCUGCUGACGGAGCGGGCGGCGCAGAACGGGUCGUUCACGACGCAGGCGGCGGAGUCGAUCAAGGAGAAGAAGACGCGCGCCGAGAAGACGAAGAAGAAGAAGGGGAAAGACAAGAAGAGGUCGUCGGCGGCGGCGGCGGUGGAGGAGGACGGCGACACGUCGUUCGGCUGGAAGCUGUGCAACACGAGCGCCGGCGCCGACUACAUCCCGUGCCUGGACAACGAGGCCGCCAUCAAGAAGCUCAAGACGGACGCGCACUACGAGCACCGGGAGCGGCACUGCCCCGGCGAGCCGCCGACGUGCCUCGUCCCGGCGCCGGAGGGGUACAGGGAGCCGAUCCGGUGGCCGCGCAGCCGCGACAAGAUCUGGUACCACAACGUGCCGCACACGAAGCUGGCGGCGUACAAGGGGCACCAGAACUGGGUGAAGCUCUCCGGCGAGCACCUCACGUUCCCUGGCGGCGGCACGCAGUUCAAGCACGGCGCCCUCCACUACAUCGAGCUGAUCCAGUCGUCUUUCCCGGAGGUCGCGUGGGGGCGGCGCAGCCGCCUGGUGCUCGACGUGGGGUGCGGCGUGGCCAGCUUCGGCGGCUACCUGUUCGACCACGACGUGCUGACCAUGUCGCUGGCGCCCAAGGACGAGCACGAGGCGCAGGUGCAGUUCGCGCUGGAGCGCGGCAUCCCGGCGAUCUCCGCGGUGAUGGGCACCCGCCGGCUCCCGUUCCCGAGCAACGUGUUCGACGUGGUCCACUGCGCCCGGUGCCGCGUGCCGUGGCACAUCGAGGGCGGGAUGCUCCUCCUGGAGCUGAACCGCCUCGUCCGCCCCGGCGGGUUCUUCGUCUGGUCGGCGACGCCGGUGUACCAGAAGCUGCCGGAGGACGUGGAGAUCUGGGGAGAGAUGGUGAAGCUGACGAAGGCGAUGUGCUGGGAGAUGGUGUCGAAGACGAGGGACACCGUGGACCAGGUGGGGCUCGUCAUCUUCCGGAAGCCGUCGGACAACGCCUGCUACAAGAAGCGGCGGCAGAAGGAGCCCCCUCUCUGCGAGCCCUCCGACGACCCCAAUGCUGCCUGGAACAUAACGCUGCGGGCGUGCAUGCACUGGGUGCCGACGGACCCGUCGGUGCGGGGGUCGCGGUGGCCGGAGCGGUGGCCGGAGAGGGUGGAGACGACGCCCUACUGGCUGAACAGCAGCCAGGUGGGCGUCUACGGCAAGCCGGCGCCGGACGACUUCGUGGCCGACCACGAGCACUGGAAGAAGGUCGUCCGCAACUCCUACCUCACCGGCAUGGGCAUCGACUGGAAGACGGUCAGGAACGUCAUGGACAUGAGAGCCGUCUACGGAGGGUUCGCGGCGGCGCUGCGGGACAUGAGCGUGUGGGUGAUGAACGUGGUGACGAUCAACUCGCCGGACACGCUGCCGGUGAUCUACGAGAGGGGGCUGUUCGGCAUCUACCAUGACUGGUGCGAGUCCUUCAGCACCUACCCGAGAUCCUACGACCUCCUCCACGCCGACCAUCUCUUCUCCAAGCUCAAAUCCAGGUGCAAGGUGUUGCCGGUGAUCGUGGAGGUGGACCGGAUACUGAGGCCGAACGGGAAGCUGAUCGUGAGGGACGACAAGGAGACGGUGGACGAGGUCCAGGGGGUGGUGAGGUCGCUGCAGUGGGAGGUCCGGAUGACCGUCUCCAAGAACAGGGAGGCCAUGCUCUGCGCCAGGAAGACCACGUGGCGCCCCACGGACGUCGAGGCACGAUGACCUCGCCGCUGUAGAACAAACCAACGUACGUACAGGCUGAUGUGCUUGCAGCAUUGCACAUCUGCAAUAACCGAGCUAGAUUUUCUCAAGCUUGUAGGUUUUCUUUUUUGUUUUGUUCUUGAGAGUUUUGUGGGUAGCUGUAUACUGAAGAACCUGUGACUUGGGAUUUUGACAGUGCAUAGAUAUUCGAGUGACAGACACACUGGUAGUACAUAUGAAGGGGCUUGGGGCUUCACCUGACAGCACAUAGAUAGCAACCAUCAAGUGCUAUGUAGGAUGA